AAAUGUUUCCCUUUGGUUUUAUUUUAUGUAUUUAUUUUCAUUUAUGCAACUGGUGCUGUUGGGCAGGCUGGGACUGGGCAGGGGAUGCCACGUCAGUGGUAAAAGUAGGGAAAUUUAACAGCAACUUCUUUUUUUGCUGCUUGCAGUGCCACAGCUCUGCCUGCACAGCAUUCAAGCCUUUCCAGUUCACCUCUGGGAAUUAAUGCAGUUGGUUGUUUACAGCUUCCAGGGCUGUUCAUGUGUGUGAGAAGGAGAGCAUGUGAGUGUCAGCAUCCGUCAUACUUCUCUAAUCAAGCUGCUUCAGGAGAUAUUCUUGAUAGCACCGCUUUGCAUUUCGGGGCACACGCUUUCACCCGGGGCUGCUAAAGCUGCACUGCAGCACCCCGCUGUUCUGUCUGAGAUAGUUUUGCAUUGAGUUAAGAGAGAAGUGCCUCUUUGUUGUAUUUGUAUUUGUUGUAGAAGUUGUAUUGUAGAAGUUGUAUUUCUUAUUCUGCAUUCCUGCUCUGCUGUUGAAUCACAGAAGGAGAGAGAUGACAUAGAGAUCAGGGGGACUGAACACCUGCAGCCAUGACGACCCACGUCACUCUCGAGGAUGCCUUGUCCAACGUGGACCUGCUGGAGGAGCUGCCCCUGCCAGACCAGCAGCCAUGCAUCGAGCCUCCUCCCUCCUCCAUCAUGUACCAGGCUAAUUUUGACACAAACUUUGAAGACAGGAACGCCUUUGUGACAGGCAUUGCCAGGUACAUCGAGCAGGCCACGGUGCACUCCAGCAUGAAUGAGAUGCUGGAAGAAGGCCACGAGUACGCCGUGAUGCUCUACACGUGGAGGAGCUGCUCACGAGCCAUCCCUCAGGUGAAAUGUAAUGAACAGCCAAACCGAGUGGAGAUUUAUGAGAAAACAGUGGAAGUCCUGGAGCCAGAAGUCACCAAGCUUAUGAAGUUCAUGUAUUUUCAGCGCAAGGCCAUCGAGCGGUUCUGCAGCGAGGUGAAGCGCCUGUGCCACGCUGAGAGGAGGAAGGACUUCGUGUCUGAGGCCUAUCUCCUCACUCUGGGCAAGUUCAUCAACAUGUUUGCUGUCCUGGACGAGCUGAAGAACAUGAAGUGCAGCGUCAAAAAUGAUCAUUCUGCUUACAAAAGAGCUGCCCAGUUCCUGAGGAAGAUGGCAGACCCCCAGUCCAUCCAGGAGUCCCAGAACCUCUCCAUGUUCCUGGCAAACCACAACCGCAUCACUCAGUGUCUGCACCAACAGCUAGAGGUUAUCCCUGGCUAUGAGGAGCUGCUGGCUGAUAUUGUCAACAUCUGUGUGGAUUACUAUGAAAACAAGAUGUAUCUCACCCCCAGUGAGAAGCACAUGCUCUUAAAGGUGAUGGGGUUUGGCCUGUAUCUCAUGGAUGGGAAUGUCAGCAACAUUUACAAGCUGGAUGCCAAGAAGAGAAUCAACCUUAGCAAAAUAGACAAAUUCUUCAAGCAGCUGCAGGUGGUUCCUUUAUUCGGCGAUAUGCAGAUAGAACUGGCCAGAUACAUUAAGACCAGUGCUCACUAUGAGGAGAACAAAUCCAAGUGGACGUGCACUCAGAGCAGCAUCAGCCCCCAGUACAACAUCUGUGAGCAGAUGGUGCAGAUCAGGGACGACCACAUCCGCUUCAUCUCGGAGCUGGCGCGCUACAGCAACAGCGAGGUGGUCACUGGCUCAGGCCUGGACAGCCAGAAGUCAGAUGAGGAGUACAGGGAGCUCUUUGACCUGGCCCUAAGGGGGCUGCAGCUUCUGUCCAAGUGGAGUGCCCACGUCAUGGAAGUGUACUCUUGGAAGCUGGUUCAUCCCACAGAUAAGUUCUGUAACAAGGAUUGCCCAGGAACAGCAGAGGAGUAUGAGAGAGCCACCCGGUACAACUACACCAGUGAGGAGAAGUUUGCCUUUGUGGAAGUGAUUGCCAUGAUCAAAGGCUUGCAGGUGCUGAUGGGGAGGAUGGAGAGCGUCUUCAACCAGGCCAUCCGCAACACCAUCUACGCUGCCCUGCAGGACUUUGCCCAGGUCACCCUGAGGGAGCCCCUCCGACAGGCUGUCAGGAAGAAGAAGAAUGUUCUGAUCAGUGUCCUUCAGGCAAUUCGGAAGACAAUCUGUGACUGGGAGGGAGGUCGAGAGCCUCCAAAUGAUCCUUGCCUGAGGGGUGAGAAGGAUCCCAAAGGUGGAUUUGAUAUUAAAGUCCCACGACGAGCUGUAGGACCAUCAAGCACACAGCUUUACAUGGUGAGGACCAUGCUGGAGUCCCUCAUAGCAGACAAGAGUGGCUCGAAGAAGACUCUGAGGAGCAGCUUGGAUGGGCCAAUAGUCUUGGCCAUUGAGGAGUUCCACAAGCAGUCCUUCUUCUUCACCCACCUUCUCAACAUCAGUGAAGCUCUGCAGCAGUGCUGUGACCUGUCCCAGCUCUGGUUCAGGGAGUUCUUCCUGGAGCUGACCAUGGGCCGCCGCAUCCAGUUCCCCAUCGAGAUGUCCAUGCCCUGGAUCCUCACAGACCAUAUUUUGGAAACCAAAGAACCCUCCAUGAUGGAGUAUGUGCUGUACCCCCUGGACCUCUACAAUGACAGUGCAUACUAUGCUUUGACCAAGUUCAAAAAACAGUUCUUGUAUGAUGAAAUUGAAGCUGAAGUGAAUUUGUGCUUUGAUCAAUUUGUGUACAAGCUGGCAGAUCAGAUCUUUGCCUAUUACAAAGCAAUGGCUGGCAGUGUUUUACUGGACAAACGUUUCCGGGCUGAGUGCAAGAAUUACGGGGUGAUCAUUCCAUACCCACCAUCCAACCGCUACGAAACGCUGCUCAAGCAGAGGCACGUCCAGUUGCUGGGCAGAUCAAUCGACCUGAACAGGCUCAUUACCCAGCGCAUCUCUGCAGCCAUGUACAAAUCAUUAGACCAGGCCAUCAGCCGCUUCGAGAGUGAGGACCUGACAUCCAUCGUGGAGCUGGAGUGGCUCUUGGAAAUCAACCGGCUGACUCACAGGCUGCUGUGCAAGCACAUGACUCUGGACAGCUUCGAUGCCAUGUUCCGCGAGGCCAACCACAACGUGUCCGCGCCCUAUGGGCGCAUCACCCUCCACGUCUUCUGGGAGCUCAACUUCGACUUCCUGCCCAACUACUGCUACAACGGGUCCACCAACAGGUUUGUGAGGACAGCAAUCCCAUUCACACAGGAGCCCCAGCGGGACAAGCCAGCCAACGUCCAGCCCUAUUACCUCUACGGGUCCAAGCCCCUCAACAUUGCCUACAGCCACAUCUACAGCUCCUACCGCAAUUUCGUGGGGCCACCUCACUUCAAAACCAUCUGUCGGCUCCUGGGCUACCAAGGCAUUGCUGUGGUCAUGGAGGAGCUGCUGAAGAUCGUCAAGAGCCUGCUCCAAGGCACCAUCCUGCAGUAUGUGAAGACUCUGAUUGAAGUAAUGCCCAAGAUCUGCCGCUUGCCAAGGCAUGAAUAUGGCUCUCCAGGAAUCCUGGAGUUUUUCCACCAUCAGCUGAAGGACAUCAUUGAGUAUGCAGAGCUGAAGACUGAUGUGUUCCAGAGCCUCAGAGAAGUGGGCAAUGCCAUUCUCUUCUGCCUCCUUAUCGAGCAGGCUUUGUCCCAGGAAGAAGUUUGUGAUUUGCUGCAUGCUGCUCCCUUCCAAAAUAUUUUGCCCAGGGUCUACAUCAAAGAAGGAGAACGCUUGGAGGUGCGCAUGAAGCGUCUCGAAGCCAAGUAUGCCCCACUUCACCUGGUUCCCCUAAUAGAGAGGCUGGGCACUCCUCAGCAAAUCGCCAUUGCCCGGGAGGGGGACCUGCUGACCAAGGAGCGGCUGUGCUGCGGGCUCUCCAUGUUCGAGGUGAUCCUGACGCGCAUCCGGAGUUACCUGCAGGACCCCAUCUGGCGGGGGCCGCCCCCCACCAACGGCGUCAUGCACGUGGACGAGUGCGUGGAGUUCCACCGGCUCUGGAGCGCCAUGCAGUUCGUGUACUGCAUCCCCGUGGGCACCAACGAGUUCACGGCAGAGCAGUGCUUUGGAGAUGGUCUGAACUGGGCAGGUUGCUCUAUCAUUGUUCUCCUCGGGCAGCAGCGGCGCUUUGACCUCUUUGACUUCUGCUACCACCUGCUGAAGGUGCAGAGGCAGGAUGGGAAGGAUGAAAUCAUAAAAAACGUGCCCUUGAAGAAGAUGGCCGACAGGAUCAGGAAGUACCAGAUCCUGAACAACGAGAUCUUUGCCAUCCUGAACAAGUACAUGAAGUCGGUGGAAACAGACAGUUCCACGGUGGAGCACGUGCGCUGCUUCCAGCCCCCCAUCCACCAGUCACUGGCCACCACCUGCUAGUGUGGACACGGAGCCUGCAUGGGCUGGGAAGGGAGCAGGGACUCAACCCAAACCAGCUGGGAGGGGUGAACUUGAUGGUGUGAGGCCUGACAAGGGAGUGAGGCUGGGUCUGCCUCUCCACAGGAGGACACAUCUUCCCCUCAGCCCUGUUUGAGUGCAUGUUCCUCUGUACCAUCCCUGUGAUCCGUUUUACUCGUAGCUUUUGGACUUGAGGGGGGUGGGGGUGGGUGGGCAAAAUGUGCUUUUCUUCCAUGAAGUGGUCCAGUUUUUCCCUGUGAUUCACCCAGUCCACACAUCGCUCUGAAGCCAUACUGCAGCCUCAGGUGGGAGGUUUCCACACUCCCAUGGCACCAGGAACCCGCUCCCACCGGGACAAACCAGCACCCCCUGACAUGUGCCACCAGCCACGGAGCAGGAGGGGCUGAAGACAAGUCCCUGAUCCACUCUCGGAGGGGAAGAAGAAGGGAUGAAGGCGGGAUGUUACCCAUGGCAGUGCCCUGAGGAUCAAGUGCUGGGAGCAGAGGAGCCGUGCCAGGAUGGUUGUGGGUGGAUGCCUGACCCAGACUGGGCUGAGCUUUGUGCUCUCUGCUGUGUCCUUGGCCUUUCCAGCAGCUGUAGGGAGAGCUUUGGCAUGUGGGCUUGAGAAGAGCAAUGAUGCAGUCACCAGAUAACUCAGCACUUCAGAGAGCUGGGGAAAGAGAAAACAGCCUGGCUUUUUCCAUGCUAUGGGACAUCCACUUAUUUUAGUGCAGAGGUCCUCCCCUGAAGACACAUCUCCCAUGGACUAAACCAGAUUUCCUGUGGACCACAGAAGAGGCUGCAUUCUUGUGAAUGUGCUCUCAAACAUAUUAAUUUGGGUGCAAAUAAUCACUGGUGCUGACAGGAUGCAGGUGUAGUUACCUUGAACAUACAAGAUCUUUGUUCUUCAGCCAAGGGUGAGAGCCAGGGUGUGCAAUCUGUGUGUUCUGGGAUGCUGUUUUCCCUUGGUUUAGACAAAUUCCUAAUGGCACAGCAAACAAAUACCUUUCUCCAGAGAAUGGUGACUACCAGCAAGGCUUAGGAAAUUUCCCAUCAUUUAUAAAUUAUGUGAUUGUUUAGAAAAGAUAAAAUAUAGGAUAAGCUUUAAAAAAUCCCCAAA